AAAAUCUAAGAUAUCUUUUGUUGGUAAAGUACUUCCAAAUAUCAUGGAAUAAAAAACCACAUUUUCACGUGGUGGUCAUACUCUCUAAAAUUAUGAGCGGCCAGGUCAAAUGGGCAAGUUGAAAUCCAAAAUUAUAUUUUUGAACCAUUCUAUUUGUGCACGCACCCCUUGAAAUGUGAAAGUGAUGGCUAGUCGUGGGUCAAGGCUGAAACUCAAGUUAGUAUUUUUCAAAGAGUAAAGUGGAAAAAUGGAUGAAUGACGAGUGGCAGAUGGUGGGCCAAUUCCCAUGCUCAAUUUUUCGAAGGACCGCCCUGGGACUGGAAGGAGUGGCCCUUAAGGUUAAGAAAUCAACAUUUCUGUUGAAGUCAGGUAUUCAAAUGAAUUCCGUCGUUUGACCAAAUGCCAGAACUUAGAUCCAGAAGUUCAAAUAUGAGGGGUAGACUUUCACCUCUGUGGGCCUAACCACAUCUCCUUCUCGGAAAUUUCUCUUCCUGCAAUCCCCACUUAUAAAAAAAAGGGAACAUUGAGCUUCCAUGGAGUUAAAUUACACAAGGAACAAUGAUUGGGUCACUGUUGCUCCAUCUCAUCUCGAUACUAUGCUUGACACAAGCAUCGGCAGCUGCUCCAUCUUCGGCUAAACCAGGCUGCGAAGAUCGCUGCGGAAACUACUCCAUCCCCUACCCUUUCGGCGUAGGCAAGGACUGCUACUAUAACGAAUGGUUCGCCAUCAGCUGCAACAGUUCUUCUUCUUUCCCAACACCCCUCUUGAGUCAUCCGAGGAUCAAUCUGGAGGUGCAGCAGAUUUCAGUGGAAUACCAAACUGUUUCAGUUCAAACUCCCAUGCCUGCCUACUGCCAAAACCAGGAGGAGACCAACCGGACGUGGGACAGCAUCGACUUGAAAGAAACCCCCUUCUUUUUCUCUGCAGAACGCAAUAGUUUGAGGGUGAUAGGGUGUGGGAACGCUGUCCUCGUCACCCGCAGUGGGGUUACCUUGGCGGGCUGCUCGUCCUUUUGCCAGAAUACAAGUAACAAUUUUGUUGGUAAUGGUGGUUGCUUUGGCAUCAACUGCUGCCAAGCCACAAUCCCAUCUAACCUCAAUUUUUUCCGUCUAAAUACUACUGCUACUUCUUAUUUGAGCAGUGAGUCGCCUUGUACGUUUGCUGCCUUGGGAAACGGAUUCUCAACGGAUCAAGCCUCUCCCCAGCAAUCUUGGGCUUCAAUCGAACUGACCUGGAUGAUAGAAGAAGCAGUAGAGGGCAGUCAGUGUCAGAAGAACACAUUGAACGGAGCGGAAGUGGGAAAUUAUACUUACUACAAUUGCUCCUGUCUGCCUUACGAGGAAGGCAACCCUUAUCGACCCCAUGCUUGUCAAGUUCCGGAAGUAUGCAAGAACUGCGCCGAAUGUCGCAAGGAAGCCGAUGGCAGUUUCUCUUGCGUGGUUAGAGGUUCAACUUCAACUUCAUCCACUUCUCCAAAGCCUUUGAUUCUAGGUCUCAGCUUUGGGAUAGGAGGAUCGGUAUUUCUAAUUAUUGGUUCAUGCUGGUUGUAUAAAUUUAUAAAGAAACAAAGGGUUAUCAAGCGCAAAGAACAUUUCUUUAAACGAAAUGGUGGUUUAUUGUUGCAACAAGAAAUGUCUUCGGAUAGGAUUGCUGUUGAGAAGACAAAAAUUUUCUCUUCAGAAGAAUUGGCAAUAGCAACGGAAAACUUCAACAAGAAUCGAAUUCUUGGGCAAGGAGGACAAGGAACUGUAUAUAAAGGUAUGUUAAUUGAUGGAAAAAUCGUGGCUAUUAAAAAAUCAAAGAUAGUUGAUGAAGACCAAUUGGAGCAAUUCAUUAAUGAGAUUAUGAUUUUAUCACAAAUAAAUCAUAGAAAUAUAAUGAAGUUAUUGGGUUGUUGCUUAGAAACCGAGGUUCCUCUAUUAGUGUUUGAGUUCAUCUCUAAUGGAACUCUCUUCCAGCUUAUCCAUGAUAAGAACAAUGAAUUUCCAUUUUCAUGGGAGAUGCGAUUGCAAAUAGCAGCUGAAGUUGCCGAUGCAAUUACAUAUUUGCAUUCAGCAUCUUCCGUACCCAUAUAUCAUAGAGAUAUUAAGUCUUCAAACAUACUUUUAGAUGAUAAAUAUAAAGCAAAAGUAUCUGAUUUUGGAAUAUCAAGGUCGGUCUCUUUAGGUCAAACCCACUUGACCACCCUCGUACAAGGAACCUUUGGCUACUUAGAUCCAGAAUAUUUUGUAACAAAUCACUUUACUGAAAAAAGUGAUGUCUAUAGUUUUGGCGUUGUCCUUGUUGAAUUGUUAACCGGUCAGAAGCCAAUUCCUUCAACAAGAUCGGAAGAAGAAAGAAGCUUGGUUGCAUAUUUUACAUCGUCACUGGAACAAGGUCGUCUAUUCGAUAUCAUUGAUAAUCGUGUUAUGAAGGAGGGAGGAAAAGAUGAGAUCUUAGCCGUUGCUAACCUUGCAAGUCGAUGCUUGCACUUCAAAGGAAAGGAAAGACCCACCAUGAAAGAAGUAACAAAGGAGUUAGAACAUUUCAGAACAUCUUUUCUACCUUUCAGUCAUGUACCACAAAAUAUCCACAAGGGUGAAUCCAUGGUAACUGAAAUGACGGGGCCUUUGGAUAGCACUUCUACAUCGACAGAAUGGUUUCAGCAUGACAAGAAAUCAUCUUCAUAUGAUGUAUAGUCAACGAUUUUGCUUAAAUUCAGACAUUAUGAUAGGAAAGAUUUAGAUAUAUGCUUAUGUUUCUCUUGUGUUGUAAUACAUUAAGGCUACUGAACUAUGUCUUAGCUGCAUUUAUGAACCUUUUCUUCCAUCAAUUUGGUUUCCAAUAUGUAAGGUAAGGAGAUUUUGAUGUGAUAGAAUUAUUAGGAGCCUCUAUUAAUCUGAUCAUUUUAAAGUUAGCCACCA